AUGUCUUCUUACGCUGACUCCUGGCUCAAGUUUGAAGAGUCUCUGGGUGGCGUCCGCCCCGUCCUAAAGGGCUCCGCGGAAGCAAUGAGAGAGCAAUUCAGCGGCCUCGGCGCCCUCCUUGCAUCCCAAGCCCCUCCUUUUCCAGAAAAUAAGUUGCGUGUCAGUAAUGGAGAAGUAAGUGGCGUGGCAUAUCGGACCUACGCGCCUCUCAACUCUGAAGCCAAGAAAUUGCCCAUUGGUGUUUUCUAUCACUCUGGCGGUUUUGUUUUAGGGAACCUUGACUCUGAGGAUGGUUUCUGUCGAUAUAUCGCGCUCAAGGCCAACGUGGUUGUUGUGAACGUUGAUUAUCGUUUAUCUCCUGAACACAAGGCUCCGGCGCAUUUGGAGGACGCUGUGGCUCUUUACGAAUGGGCUUUCAACAACGCCGAUAGUAUUGGCGGCAAUCCCUCUAAUAUGUUUACCAUCGGCACAUCAGCUGGCGGCUGUCUUGCCCUUGCAGUUGCUCGAAAGGUAGUCCUCGGUCAAACUAAUCUUCCCACUGAUGCUAUCACUGGAGUCGUUGCACUAUGUCCAGUAGCAUUCCACCCACGAAACAUCCCAACAGAGUUCCAGGGAAAACACUCGUCCUACAAGGAGAACAAAGACAACGUGCCCAUAGUCGAUGAGGAAUCACUUCUGCAGAUGUUUGACAACUCGGGUAUUGAUCCCGACGAUAAGAGCUAUUUUCCAAUACUGGAUGAUAGAUGUCUGAAAGCGUUCCCUAACACAUAUGUCGCAACAUGCGGAAAGGAUCCACUGCGGGACGAUGGGAGAGUCCUUUAUGAUAGCCUCUCCUCGGCUGGCGUGCCUACCAAGACCGGCCAUUAUGGUGAUAUGCCUCACUGUUUCUGUUGCCUGGCACCCCUUCUGACAUGUCAACCAUAUGUAGAGCACAUUUAA